AUGAAGCUGUCCUUGUUGUCGCUGGCGACCCUGGCUGGGGCCGCCAUGGCCAGCAUUGACCCUAUUGUCAUCAAGGGUACCAAAUUCUACUACUCCAGCAAUCAGACCCAAUUUUUCAUGCGUGGUGUCGCCUACCAGUACUCUCAAACUGAGGAUCCCUUGGCUGAUGCUACUGCUUGUGCGCGUGAUGUUCCUAUCAUGCAGGAGCUGCGCACCAACGUUAUCCGUACUUACUACAUCAACGCCACUGCCGACCACUCGGAGUGCAUGAAACUGCUGGAGGAUGCGGGCAUCUACGUCGUCUCGGACUUGUCCAGCACUACUGAAGCCAUCGACCGUAGCGACCCCGAAUGGAACGUCGCUCUCUACGAUCGCUACACUGCCGUCAUUGACGAGCUCGCUCAGUACAACAACACCAUUGGUUUCUUCGCCGGUAAUGAGAUCGCCAACUCUGUCGCCACCACCCAGGGCAUGGCUUUCGUCAAGGCCGCUGUCCGUGACAUGAAGAAGUACAUCAAGGAGAAGGACUACCGCAGCAUGGGUGUUGGAUACGCCACUGCUGAUGUUGAGUCUAUUCGUGUCGACCUUGCCAACUACAUGGACUGUGAGUCCGAUGACGAGACCGUCGACUUCUAUGGAUACAACAUCUACUCCUGGUGUGGUGAUUCCAGCUACGCUGCGUCCGGCUACAAGGACCGCACUGAGGAGUUCGCCAACUACACCGUCCCCGUCUUCUUCGCCGAGUAUGGUUGCAACACUGAUGGCACUCGCACCUUCACUGAGGUUGAGGCUCUUUACGGUGACGAGAUGACCCCCGUCUGGUCCGGUGGUAUCGUCUACAUGUACUUCCAGGAAUCCAACGACUACGGUCUCGUGUCCGUCGUUGACAGCACCAGCGUCAGCAAGAUGGCCGACUUCAAGUACUACUCCAGCCAAAUCGCCAGUGCCGAUCCCUCCAGCACCAGCAAGGACUCUUACACUCCCACCAACACCGUUCUGAUGUCCUGCCCUACUGAGAACAGCGACGCCUGGGAGGCCAAGGCCUCGCCCCUUCCCCCCACCGCUGAUGAGUCCCUGUGCACCUGUAUCUACGACGCUUCCGCCUGUGUCCCCGACAGCAGCCUCUCCAGCGCCAAGCUCGGAAAGCUACUCGGUAUCGUCUGCGGUUACACUGACUGCAGUGGCCUCGAUGCCAACGGUACCACCGGCGAGUACGGCGCUUACAGCAUGUGUGGCGUCACUGAUCAACUUGCCUUCGCCCUGAACAAGUACUAUAGCGAGCAGAGCGAGGCCGCCACUGCCUGCAGCUUCGACGGUUCCGCCAGCACCAAGGCCACCACUGCCGCCACCGGUACUUGCUCUUCCCAGAUUAAGCAGGCCGGUACCGCUGGUACUGGUACCGUUACCACCGAGGCUACCGCCACUGCCGACUCCAGCUCUGGCUCCAGCUCUUCCUCUUCUUCCAGCGGUGGCUCCCCCGCUAGCAUUCACCAGAGCGUUGCUUUCGGUUCCCUCCAGAUUGGCGCCUACGUUGCCACCGCCCUGUUCACCGGUAUGGGUAUGCUCCUCCUGUAA